UUCUUGUUCUUCCCAGGACUUUCCCAGGCCCUCAGGCGUCCUGGCCCCAACCCCAACCCCAGGCCCAGCCAUGGCUCCUGGGGAUUCCCCAGCCAUCCCCAUUCCCGUCCUGACUGUGCUGCUCUUCUCCUUUCUGGUGUUGUCCCCGGCCCAGGCUAUUGUGGUUUACACGGACAGGGAGGUCCAUGGCGAAGUAGGCUCCAAGGUGACACUGCACUGUUCCUUCUGGUCCAGCGAGUGGAUCUCAGAUGACCUCUCCUUCACCUGGCGCUACCAGCCUGAGGGAGCCCGGGACGCCAUCUCGAUUUUCCACUAUGCCAAAGGCCAGCCCUACAUCGAUGAAGUAGGUGCCUUCAAGGAGAGAAUCCAAUGGGUUGGGGACCCUCGAUGGAAGGAUGGCUCUAUUGUUAUCCACAAUCUAGACUACAGCGACAAUGGCACCUUCACCUGUGAUGUAAAAAACCCACCUGACAUUGUUGGCAAGACUUCUCAGGUCAUGCUUUACGUCUUUGACAAAGUGCCCACCAGGUACGGGGUGGUGCUCGGUGCUGUGAUCGGGGGUGUCCUGGGACUGGUGCUGCUGCUGGUGCUACUCUUCUAUUUGAUUCGAUACUGUUGGCUGAGGAGGCAAGCUGCUCUGCAGAGAAGGCUUAGUGCCAUGGAGAAAGGAAAGCUGCACAAAGCUGCCAAGGAUGCGUCUAAACGAGCCCGGCAGACACCUGUUCUGUAUGCCAUGCUGGACCACAGCCGGAGCACCAAAGCAGCUAGUGAAAAGAAGUCUAAGGGGCUUGGGGAGUCUCGCAAAGAUAAGAAAUAGCGGUUAGCCGGCCGGGCAGGGGGCCGGGGGCCUGGGGCAGAGCCCUCCAAAGGCCCCCAAGUAGUGGUCAUUGAGAUGGAGCUCCGAGGGGAUGAGCUGGGCGCUGAGCUCCGGCCUGCGGUCAAGUCCCCCAGUAGAACCAGCCUCAAGAAUGCCCUCAAGACCAUGAUGGGCCUGGACUCGGACAAGUGACCACCCCCUCAGGCCCUGCCAGAAUAUGGGUGCCUAGGUUCCCCCCACCCCUGCCCAGUGCCCCCCAUCUCUGCCUAGUCUCUCUCUCUCCUCUUCUCCCCCCACCCCACUCCAAGGUGUAAGUUUCAUUCCAAGCUGUAGUCCCCAGGUACCUCACUCUCCCCCUCCAACUCUGGCUCUCAGGGAGUCCAGCAGUGCCUGCUCCUCCCCACUACCUACAACCCUAAUAAUGGCUGUGUGUUUGGUGCUGAGAAGAGAGGGGUCCCCAUUCCCACUCAGCCAGCCCCUCUCCCUCUACCCUCUUUUCCGAGACACAUCACCCAGCUCCGUUCUUUAGUCCCCCAUCCCCUAUCCCCAGCUAACACCCUAGAUCAAGCUUUCCUAGGGGGUUGAUUUAGGGUUUUUUAAAAAAUAAUCUAUUUGCUAUUUUUUAUCUGUAUCCAGCCUAUCCCUUCUGCUCUCCCGUAGUGCCCUGUCUUCCCCCCUCCACCAUGACUGAGAACAAAUGACGUCAUGAGGCUUCUGAUGUUCAGUGUUAUACCCUCCCCACUCUAUCCUCAGUCCACACAGGGAUAGCCAGGCCAAUCAGUGGGCUGGCCCAAGCCAGGUCCUCUGUUCCCAGGGUAGGUACCCCUCCCUCUUCCCCUUGGAGCAAGGAUCUGGGGCUGGACUUCUGUAUGGAGAAGGCACGUGGGGAAGUGGGGAAGCAAGGUGGGGGCAGGGAGGGUGCGUGAGCCAAGCCAGGGCCUUGGGGAAUGACUUUUAAAAAACUAAACCCAGAAGCCAAAAUGGAAAGAGUAAAGAACAGAGAGAUAGGAUGCACUCCCGGCCACAGGGAAAUGAAUGCCUAGAGUUUUUCUACAUUCUGUAUAUUUCCCCUAAGACUCCCCAAAUGUGUUAAAUGUUUAAUAAACACUGACAUUUCCAG